GCCAUGUUGAUCUGUCGAUUGAAUUAAGAUUUAAUCAAGGGAUCGAUCGAGAGGGAAGAUGCAGGCGUGCAUGUUCUCAAGGCCAUCUUGGAGGUGCUACUAUAUAUGAACACCAAGCUCUAGCUAGUUCCCUUAAUUCACCCAUCGAUAUAUAUAUCCUCCCAUCCAUUUCUCAGCCGCCAUGGCUGUGGUGGUGGUUGUAGCGUUAAUGCUUGGUUCCAUGGCGGCACGCACAUGCGAAGCCAGCAUCAGGUUCCCCUACCCGUUCCUGCCGGAAUGGCUCAACCCUCCUCCCUCUCCUCCUGCCCCGGUGCUCAGAUACGACUAUUACAAGGAUACCGAGUGCUCCGGUGUGGAGGACACCGUGAGGCGCGUCGUGGCGGAGGCGGAGGAGAGGCAGCCCGGCAUCGGCGCUGGGCUCAUCCGCCUCUUCUUCCAUGACUGCUUCGUCGAGGGCUGUGAUGCAUCGGUCCUCCUUAGACCGACGAAGGCCAACCCGCAGCCGGAGAUGCUCGGCGUCCCCAACGUCAACAGCCUCCACGGCUUCAAUGUGAUCGACGAUGCCAAGAAGGCACUCAGGGAGAAGUGCGAGGGGGUCGUCUCAUGCGCCGACAUCUUGGCAUUCGCAGCCCGCGAUGCCACGGUCCUCCUCGGGAAGGUGAAGCACUUCGAAAUGCCAUCCGGCCGCUACGAUGGGAGGGUGUCCAAUGCUAGCUACACUCUCUACAACCUGCCGCCGCCUUUCGCUGACCUCCGCCUGCUCAAGGACAUGUUCAAACUCAAAGGGUUCAACACCGACGAGAUGGUCACCCUCUCCGGGGCCCAUAGCAUCGGGGUCUCCCGCUGCUCAUCCUUCUGUGACCGAAGCGAUAACGCCUCCUCGAACAUGAACCCCUGGUUAGCCAGCAAGCUGAGGAGCCAGUGCACCUGCAACACCAGCAGCCUUAACGCCAUGGUUAACCAGGACAAUGUGACCCCCAGAGUCUUGGACAACCAAUACUAUUGGAAUGUGAUCAACAAGAAAGUGUUGUUCAAAUCAGACGCCGCGCUCCUGUCGUCCUGGGAGACUGCGGCGGAGGUGCUCGUCAACGCCCUAUACCCUAAUAAGUGGGAGGAGAAGUUUGCAGCGGCGAUGGUUAAGAUGGGCAGCAUCGACGUGAAGAGCAAGGACGACGGAGAGAUUAGGAAGGUGUGCGGGUUCGUCAACUAUAGCACUCCUGAUCGGGAAGGAGAUGUUCGGGUCGCGGAUCAGUAAGAGAGGGUGCAGGACACAGAAGGAUGGGGCCGAAGGAGUAAAAUUUUCCAUGGGCGAGGAGACGAAGUUUGGAAUGCGAGAGAAGAGGAGCUUAAUUUCCAUGGCGUGGUGGUUCUCGGCAUCAAUUCCAUGGCGAGAGUGCCUGCCGGGUAUACGAGACUCUGCAUUUUUCCAUUGGGAAAUGUGUUUGCUCUCGCCACUUGAGCCAUUAGAAAUUGUUGCUCCUUCAAAAAAACAAUCUUUGACACGGUUCACAUACCUAUCUUGACAUCAAGUAAGCACAAGUGCACUGCACCUAAAAAGAAACGAUAUGGUGGAGUGCUAGAGAGAUUUUUUUUGAUACUGUACAAUUUCUCCGUUCGGCCAUACUUGACCGUUUUUGUAACUGGUCUCCAACAAACCAUUUUUGGCCGUUGCGUUUGACAUGAAUGUAUGAGAAAAUCUGUAAAUUACUACUGUACAAGAUAGUAUGUACUUUCGGUUA